AGUAAUCUGUGCCAAUGCCAAAUGCCAAUAUGGCGGAGUUGUGCUGCUUGUAGUACGUUGUACUUUUUUCAAAAUUGGUCAAUAGUUUAAUUGAUUAAAAGUCCGUAGGUAUGACUUUGUACCAAGUGGUUGUGGAAAUUUAAGAAAUUAUUUUACAUACAAUUUUUCAUUGAGUAAUACUAAGUACUAACUACUAUUGUCAAUAAAAUGGACGGAGAAGCUACACAAGAUCUUACAACGCAGGACGAAGAAAUAAAGUUUAAACCAAAGAAGAGGAAGAAUCUUCGCCAGCGAAUAAAAGUCGAUGAUGAUGAUGAUUCUGAAGAGGAACACCUUGGCAAAUUGGAAGAGACGAAAGUUUUACAGAAACUUCGAGAACGACCCAAUGGCGUUAGUGUAGUGGCUUUGGCUACCGGACAAAAGACCACGUUAGAAGAAGAAAUCACAUGUAAAGAUCCUUUCAAAGUUAAAGCUGGUGGUAUGGUGAAUAUGCAGGCGUUAAAAAGUGGCAAGGUAAAGCAAGUGGACGAUGCGUAUGAUACUGGCAUAGGCACACAAUUUUCGGCCGAGACAAACAAACGCGAUGAAGACGAAGAGAUGAUGAAGUAUAUUGAAGAACAAUUGGCCAAAAGAAAAGAGGGACAUAACGAAGAUGUAAAGGAGUCGGAACAUAAUGACACUUUAAAAUAUUUGUCACCUGAAGAAGCUGCCCUAUUAUCAUUGCCAGAGCAUCUAAGGGUUUCAUCAGCACACAGAUCUGAGGAGAUGCUGUCUAAUCAGAUGCUCAGUGGUAUACCUGAAGUGGACUUAGGUAUUGAUGCAAAAAUUAAAAAUAUUGAAGCCACAGAGGAAGCCAAAAUGAAAUUACUGUGGGAGAGACACAAUAAAAAAGAUUGUCCGUCACAAUUUGUGCCCACGAAUAUGGCAGUGAACUUUGUGCAACACAACAGGUUUAAUAUGGACAGUGAUGUAGCCAAGAAAAGAAAACAAGAAAAACCAGAAGUGGCUAAAACUAACAAUAGUGUUAUAGACGAUAGUGUAGAUAAAAUAGUUAAGAAAGCUAAAGGUGAAAGGGCGACUGAUGAUUAUCAUUAUGAGAAGUUUAAGAAACAGUUCAGAAGAUAUUGACAUGCUUGUUUUAUUUAUUGAGUCCUUGUUUAGUAAUUUAAUUCUUCCUUAUAGCUAUUAUACUUUUAUAGCACAUGAAGCUUUCUUUAUAUUAUGUUUUAGGAUUAUUUUGCUUCAAAGUUGAUUUAUGUGUGUUGUCAGAAUUAUGUAUAUUGGUUUCAUACAGUUUUGUAUAUCUUACAGAUCUGAAUCUAGGAGUUGUCUAGGAGUUGUAUUGGUCAUUUUUAUUGGUGAGGUUGCUAGCUGUUGUUUUCUUCCAUUUAAAGUUUUAGUCAUAUAUUUCAUUUAUUUAUUUUUCUUCAAAUAUGUUCAUUGAAUUGUGUUGAUUUAAUCAAUUUGGGUAAAAUGGUUUCUUUAUCUCUAAAAAAUGAAUAAAUAAAAGAAUGAACAUAAAAAGUAAUGCAAUUUUUGAAGUGCAGGGGAAAAAACAUGGUCACAGAGCAAAAAAAGCAAAAGAGAAAAAGAGGGAAAAAGACUCAGAGGAUGAUGAUGAGAGAAAAAUUUGCUUCAAAGUUGGUUUUUGUGUGUUGAGAGAAAUAUGUAUAUUGGUUUCAUACAGUUUUGUAUGUCUUGCAGAUCUGAAUCCAGCCAUUUUAAACAUCUCAAUUGUUGUAUUGGUCAUUUUUACUGGUGAGGUUGCUAGGUGUUGUUUUCUUCCAAUGUGUACUUUUUCUUCAAAUGUGUGCAUCGAAUUGUGUAUUUUCCGAUAUAAAAAAAAAUAUUGAUUUAAUUAAUUUGGGUAAAAUGGUUUGUCCAAAAAUGAAAGAAUGACCAAAAAAAGGAAUGCAAUCUUUGAAGUGCAAGUGAAAAAUUUAACAUGGUCACAGAGCAGCUUUCCUGUUUUGUCUUGUUUGGUUUUGGUUGUGUCUGAAUUCGUCUUUCUACUUAAAAUACUUUAAAUUAUAUUGAAACUUGUUAAAUGAGAACAGAGUAAGUGAGAAAACUUCAUAGCUAGAACUCAUGAUGCGAUUUCAACACUUGUUUACCAUAAGUGGGGAUAAUUGGA